AUGAACCUGUUCAACCAAAAAAUCACAUCGUCUGACGUGGAUAGGCGUCCGCUUCAAUCGCUUACAUUUACACCAGUAUUUCUAUCGGAAGUUUCGGAAAUCACCGCAUAUCUAUACAACCGUUUACCCAAUACUUUGGAAUUCUCUUCGCGCUUAGAGAUAUGCAAUGAAAUAGCAGAAAAACGUGUAACAGCCGACUUCCAAAUUUAUCCCCAAUCUGGACAUGUGAACCCCGGAGAAAAUCUUUCAAUUGUAUUUACAUUCAGGACCCGAUUUGCUGAUAAGGAAGAGGGAUUUGUAUCCCACGAAACUCAUUUUGCUGAUGUUGCGGUGUCGGGUUACGUUAUAUUUGCCUAUGAAGCUUUUGGUAGCAGCGACGCUAGCGAAACUGGGAUUUUGAGACUUCCAUUCUACGCUCACUCCGUGCCAGUUGCCCUGUCUAUUAGACACGGAUCCUUGGUGCAGUCUGACUUCUCAACUACCUUUGCUCAAGUAGCCCUGGACUUUGGCUGCUGUUCAUUAGAAGACGCGACUGAAAGAUCAGUCAUUAUUAGCAACCACUGCACACUACUACCGGUGCGGUUUGCUUGCUCAAAGGUUGCUUACUUUGCCUGCAAACCGUGGCGUGGACUUGUGCCACCUGGAGCGACCAAGGAGAUCACCGUCGUCUUCUCACCCAAGCGUCUUGGCACGGUUUUACGCAAAAUGAGGCUGUCAAUACUGGGUCGCGCGCUGACGAUUGUUGCAGAAGCGACAAUCACGUUGUCAGGAGAGGCAACUCUGUCUUCGUGUCCUCAAUAUCCAAGAACCGUGGAUUAUGGAAGGUUGUGCCUAAACACAGAAGCCCACAAACAACUUGUAGUGUCUAAUCGCUCGGCAGUCCCCACCUUCAUAUCGGUUGUUCCAGGUGAAAAAAAUAUCUCAGUCAGUGAGCCAUCAAGUCAAACAGUUCCUGGCCAUUCCAGUUGCACUUUCACCGUCUCUCUUCAACUCAGCAAUUAUGGCGCAUUCUCAGGGAAUGUACACGUGAGGUUGGAUGGACGGCCUUUCGAUUCUGUUGGCGUGGAAGCUUUUGUUGGAGAACCGUCUUUGGAAAUUGAACCGGCCAAAAUUGCAUUGAAACCGAGCACUGCCGUUGGUGAACUUGUCUCUGAACGGGGUUUAAGGGGUUUUGUGCGCCUAAUCAACCACCUGAAUGUGCCCAUCGCUUUCACGUGGACUUCCGCAAAUGGCAGUAGAUGUUUCCAGAUUUUUCCGAGAUCAGGAGCUGUUUCACCACAUUCGUGCUUGGACUGUGAAGUCGCCUAUCGAUAUUCCUUCGCGCAACCAAUUAGUUCCACUGACAGAGUCCUGUUCCACCUGUCCACGUCAUCAGAAGACGCAGGUCUGCAAGGCACGCCGAAAUGCCUCGAGUGUGAAGUUCGACUUCCACCGGCUGAACUGACCUCGGUCACGAAACGCAUCAAGUUCCAGGACGUCGCUUGUGGGUUGCCGGCAACGCAGAUGUUUGCUCUGCACAACAGAGGCCCCGGACUAGCGUUCGUCGAGGUCAACUCCCCGUGGCCGCAGGAUGAAAUUUCAAUCGUGGUUGAGCCAAUCGAAUGCGAGAUCAGGGCGAGGGAACAGGCAGUGUUUCAGGUGACUUGUUGCGUGCGUAGAGAGGGUCACUUCGAAACUCCGAUUGCAGUUCUACACCGUGGCAAGGAGGUUAUGAAUUUGACAGCCCAGGGUAACUGCGUUUGGCCAAAGAUUGCCAUUUCGCCCUCGUGUUUGUACUUUGCUGGAACUCCUGUUGGAAGCCAAGCCAGCUCAGCGUUUACGGUAAGCAACACAUCGACAGUUCCCGCGCAAAUAGCGUUUGCGUUCGACGGCAACAGGGACUUCGAGGUGAGCUGUGGAGACGGCGAACCAGACAACGAACUCCAACCCUCAUCGUCAAAAGAAUAUCGACUCAUUUUCAAACCCAACAAGAUUUCCAACUACGACUUUCAACUCCCUCUACUUGUGAAUAAGACAAGGAGUUUGCAGGAAUUUUGUCGAAUUAGGGCGACCGGAGUUCGUCCAAUGGUGUGCAUCUCGCCGUCAAGGAUUCUGCUCAAACGCAGUGUACCCGUUGACAAAGAGGGCAUUGAUGGUGCAUGUUUUUACAGGGAAAUUCGCAUCGAAAAUGUAACAUCUGAAAUGCUAAGCUGGCAAAUCGACAUGCCCCAACUGCCUCAAUCAAUGUCAAUUUCACUCACAAGUGGUGAAACUGACGGAACCGCGGGUCAGUUGACAGGGAUUUUGAUGCACCUCGGUGAAUCUGUGGUUAUUUCAAUGAAAGUGGUCCCGCCAGACCAGCCUUGUUCACACAGCAUUGCGCUCUCAAUCAAGAUCACCGAUCACUUGGAUCGCCACCAGGCAGAAAUGGUGAUGCUUCGAGUUGAAGUGACUGAGCCUCAAAUUACUUGUGUUCCAUCGCGCAUCUUCUUGCCACCCCUCGCCCUCUCGACGCCAGUUAAAAUCGCGCUCAUGUUGAAAAUCGAUUGUCUAGAAGGCAGCUUUGAGUUGAGGAAUAUCGUGUUUGUAACCGGGAGAAAAAAUUGCACCGACGACUAUCUGCUCCGCGUGGAUCUCCCUCAGGGUCGUGUUUUCCGACUUGCCGAGGGCUGUCUGCAGCUGCGCGCAUUCCUACAGUUUGAAUCUUCAGAGAUCACGUGCAUCGCCAAUCGCCCACAGCCACCAUGCCUCGUGUUCAUUGUGCAGUCUCGUGAAAAGGACUGCAAUUUUGUGAUGCGCGCUUGCGUCCUCGUUGCUUUCAGUGCUGACAGCAGUCUCCUGAGCCUCACUCACCUCAGGAACUUGUCGCACGGGCUGGAAGAAGCCACAAUAUCAGGUGAAAGUCUGCUGGCAUAUCCUCUCAACUGGAGUACAAGGACUACCACAACUGUUGAACUCUGGCUACGUCACAACGGUUUUGUAGACGGUCCACGAGGUCUGCGAUUCCCCGAUGACUUCCGGAGGCGCUUGUCAUUGGACGACAUCAGGUUAGAGCGCACCAAUCAGAGCCGAAAACUAACUGUGCACAAUCUGGGAGGUCUUAUUGAAUGUCUGUCGCAUGUCGUGGGGGUUUGGAAUCCACCAGGAGUCCCAAGGUCCAUUUCCUUGCCACUCGAGGACACAGCCAAGUGCACCGCCAUUAUAUACAAUCACCUUUCAGCGUUGAUUUGCUUUGUUGAAGCUCAAGGUGGGUGUUUGAGUCACAUCUUUCCAGAAUACCUUAUGACACACAAGGACUACAUUCGGUGGAUCGAACACGGACGUCCUUGUGGAUACGAUCAGGUGAUCAGAGUGGACGGCCUUGACGUAGAUCCAUCAGAGGGAAAUGUCAUUAUUCCAAAGACAGUAACGACGAAUUUCAAGGGAAACACCAGCAUUGCUUGCUCUUCCAUUUCUAAGUUAUCACCUGAGGAAUUUGAGUGCAUUUCUCGUAUUGCCUGGACUGACCUCUUUCUCCAACUCAUCAAGUGCUUCGAAAUGCGCCCGCUUUGGAGCAAGUCGUCUGAGCACGAGCUUCUCUCGUGGGUUAACUCUGCCAUCGGGCGUAGUUGGAGGGACCUUUGCGAGGAAAAUGGGCGGCUGACGUCGUCAACCUGGCACCGUCCUGGCGCUCCAAAAGUGGCCAACUUCGACACCGACUUCUCAAAUGGGCUGGCCUUAGCUUGCCUCAUUGCGCAUCAUGUGCCGUUCAUCGUGAAGGAGAGUCUUUCGGAGCUGAUUUUGGAUCCACACGAACCCCAAGACAGAUUCCACAACUGCAUUCAGAUUGUCAAGGCUCUCGCGUUAAUUCACGUUGACUUCCAGCUGACACCAGAUGACAUCUACAAUACGAGCGACGUCUACGUAUUACUACUGCUAACAAGGCUGUAUCAGUGUUUGCCAGGAUACGCAGUCAAAUCCUCGCUGGCAUUCGAAGGCAACUUACAGGCGCUUGUGCAACAGGACUUGACCUUGACUAACCCAACCAAUCAGAAACUUGUUUACAGGUGCUUCGUCAUUGGUGAUGAAGGUCACUUAUUCGGUUUUGUCGAGCCGUCGCAUAGAGGGAAGAGCAAAACUCCACGGCGUACACGAACGAAGCAGAUUUCAUUGGCUGGAAACUGUCCGUUUACAUUACACUUGUGCUACAAAGUACAAUCGCUUCGACGUGUCCAAGCGCAUCUCAUGCUGAUCGCGGAGAAAGGAACCAACGCUAUGGGUUCAGCAAUGGUGUUUGAACUUACUGGCGAACCUUGUUCACUUCAAACUGAUGAAACCUUCCAUUUCAACACAACCUGUUAUCGACCACAACUCAAAUUACUGUCUAUCAGGAAUAGACUUCGGUGUGAAGGCGUUUUUGCGGUUCGCCUAGUAGAAUCGCCACGAAAACCAAUUACAGACAGCGCUUCAACAGGCCUUGGAAGCUCGUUAAGCAGUCUACGCGGUUUCACGUGCAAAACUGCCGAGGUGAGGUUCAGAGGCGAUUCAGAAGAGGACGUAGAUGUGGUCUUUCACCCUUUUGGCCCAGGCGUCUAUGCUGCCAAGCUGAUCUUUUCCAACCAAUCACAUGGCGACUUUGUGAUUGACAUUCGUGGCUCCUCCGAGUUACCACUUCCAGACCAGGAACAACGAAUUACUUGUCCGAUUGGGUUGAACCACCGUGUGGAACUGCUCGUAACGCUUGAGAAUGUGGAGAAGAUGCACACGCUGGAAUGGCUCGCGAGGUACUUGCUGUCACGCCCGGAAUUGGAGAGAAUUUCGAUGUCGCGCCUCCUAUUGGCUAGCGAGAUGUCCAAAAUUUUAGCUUUGCAUAACUCAGAGACUGCUUCAACGAACGGUGGAGGAUUAGCGGACAGGAUUCAUUUCCGCGUUGAGUGCAAUUCUGCCUUCGUGAAAGUGCCGCCAGUCAUUGAGGUACCGCUGAAAGAAAGAGCGCAUGAGCGUCCAAUGGAACACUUCAACGUGCCUUUGACGAUUUCCUGUGACACACCAGGAUCUCACCACGUCGACGUCUUACUCAUCGCACCCGAUGACCUCCGACGGAUUCAGCUGGAGUGCGUGGCGUCGGUGGAGGCGACAACUCCUUCCACGGUGUAUUCCAUGAAAGCUCACGAAGAAAGUCGUCAGUUAAAUGGACAAUUCUCCAACGACUGUACUACAUUUGUAACUGACGAUUGGUCGAAACUUGCCCACACACAGUCGCCAACCAAUCAGACGGAUCUAGAGUGUCUGCUGGGUGGAAGAAUUGAUAUAAAAUGUCGUGUUGGCAGAUGCGUGCACACAGGCGGUACCGACAAAAGCCAUGUUGUCACACUGUUACUUCCGAAGAACACCCUUCCGCGACGCCAAGUUUACCGUGUGGAGACGGACGUUCCAGCGAGAGUUCUGUCGUUUCCAGGCGAUCACACCGAGGUCGUCACUCAGCCUAACCGCAGAGGCGAGUACAAACUCGCUGUUUCAUUGGCUCGAAGUGGCACCUUCCACGGGAUGCUCGUUUUCUCGCUUGUGGACCACGAGUUGACGGAGCACAGACCAAAACAUCGUCUGCACUACGAGCUGAAUAUUCGAAUUAAAUCGGCUCCACCAAUAGGAACGCUUGAAGUGGUCUGCCCGUGUUUGGAGGUGAAGGAAAUCGUCUUGCCACUUAAAUACCCCGAUCUAAGGACUGGUGAACGUCUUCAAGUGAUGUUGGAUGGCCCCGACCUAAGUGGUCCAGAUGUUGUAGAAGUUGACACCGACCAGUGCGAGUACAUCGCUCAGUACCGACCGACGCGUCUUGGCACAUCCGAGGCAAGCCUCACGUUCUACAACCGGUUCACAAGCGAAUUCUGGAUCAGAUUAAUUUUAACUGCGCUUCCACCAUUGCCCAUUACAGUUGCCCCAGUGUCCUGCGAAUUGGGCAGAGCCAUCGUGGAUACCGUUAAAGUUGAAAAUCCAACCGCUCAGCAAUAUCAACUGAAUGCAGAGAUUACCAACCCAGACGUCUAUUCCAUUGAAUCGUUCUUUAUGCAGGGAGAAGAGAAGGAAUACCACGUGACGGACAAUGGUAUCUCCCUUCUCCCGCUUGCCACUCUUCGUUUAAAUGUUGCCUUUCAACCGCAGGAAUAUGGAGAGGAGUUGAAUGCAGGCGAGAUCAUUCUUCGGUGUACGGAGUUUCGUGAACUGCGUGUAGUUCUACGUGGCGAAGGUCUUCUUCCAUCACCGACUCGAGAAGUAACCGUCAAGUCCGACGUCGAAGGGACGAAACGAUUUUCAAUACCGUUUGCUAAUCCGUUCCCCUACACAAUCGAAGUUACUCAUUACGUCACAGCAAAAAAAUGCAAAGAUGCCCUCCUCGAGAGACAUCUUGAAGCCUUUGAAGUCGUUGGAAAGAAGUCACAACUGCUUCAAGCCAAACAGACCACGAAUCUCCCGUGUGCCUUCACUCCCUCGCACAUGCAAAUCUAUGAAGUUGUCUUCAACGUGGGCGUCAGAAAGCUCUCUCCAACAGACGGUGCGCCAUGGAAACAACACGAAAUCGUCUGGUCGUAUCCUGUCAAGGGCAUAGCGGUUAUGCGUGGCUUUCAAGAACCAUCUCCACGCACACUCCUGAAGGAACACGUGUACCCCUGUGAAGAACCCACUCCGAACAGACCCGCUCGAAUCGAGGGAGAAGCGAGAAGUUCGACGUCAUUUCGGCUUUGUUUAAAUCUGGCCGGUUACCUUGACAACCGAGAGAGGUGUGGAGAGGAAGGCAGCUUUACUUGGUCAUUUUCAGUGCAGACGUCUGGCGAUGACCUGUUAGAUGCAGCAGCACUUGUCAACGUCUCUGUUAAGCUGAGACGGGAGUCUUGCACCGUGGAUCCCAUGACUGGUGUUGCAAAUCUUGCAUUCAUCGGAACCUUCGAACCACCGAGGUCCUUUGAAAUUAUGGCGACACUGAGUGUGACUUCGGUGAUUGGCGGCGAAUGGCAAUUUCCAGUCUUCCUGCAGGCCAGACGGACUGAGUUGGUUGAAAGUAAAAUCACCUUCUUCUCCGACAACCUGCACAAACCCAUCCACAGGAAUCUACUCCUGGACAGUGGGGAACCAACCUCGGCGAAGUUCAGAGUAAUCUUUGUCAAACCGGGCGCCAGUGCGUUUUCACUCGCACAUACAUCAGGCGUGUUGCCACCUCAGGGGGCUGGAUAUUUCACUCUACAAAUAACCUACGCACUCAAAAAUUAUGGACGGGUAACCAAGACGAAAAUCGUCGUCCAGAAAUGGUAUGAGAGCAUGUACCUGUCACCAGUAGAAGCCCCUGUGUGCCUAUUGGUCGAGAACAUCGAAGUGCCGGAUCGGCCUUUUGAUUGGUUAGUAAAGGAUCUUUCGCUGCUCUAUGUGAUUGGACAAAAUGGAGAAGGUUUACUUGAUUGUGAAACUGUGAUCUAA